AUAUGGAGAUAUCCCCUAGAAAAUCUUCAAAGCGAACGCAGGAACAUGUAGACGAAUGGUUAUUAAGCCAGGGAUAUUUUCGAAAGCAUAUUCCUAGGGAUCCAACUUGUCUAUUUAGAGCUGUUAGUGAACAAGUUUAUUUAACGCAAUAUUAUCAUAUAAAAGUAAGAGCAGAAUGCGUAAAAUUCAUGCGAGAAAACAAGAAUUUAUUCAAAGAGUCCAUAGCAAUUCCAUUUGAUAUCUAUCUAGAUCAAAUGACAUGUUUCACCGAAGCAGGUGGUACUAAUGAAAUACAAGCAAUGUCUUUACUUUACAAAAAAGAGGUGAUUUUGUUCAAUGGACAGAAACAAACAUGUAAACAAUUGACUAAUUAUGGUUUUAAAAAUUAUAUACGUUUAUGUUAUACACCACAAAAACAGUAUGAAAGCGUAUAUAGUAAAAAUUUUGUUAGGGAAGCUGGUUUUUGCCAAUCUAUUAUGUAUGAAAUUUUAUAUAAAGAUGUAUUUGAUAUGGAAAAUCUAGAUCAUACCGUUCGCAAUAUGCUACAUAAUCGAAAUUCUACCCUGAGACAUGAUAAAUUUUUCUCGAAAGGAAAUCUUGACAUGAGAGAAGAGUUGUCAGCAGAAAUAUAUAAAAGACUUGAAAAUACCUGUGAAGGAACACCGGACUGCUUUCCAAAAGGUGUACCACCAUUCCCUUAUAGAGUUGCUAAAGCUAUUGAUGUUAAUAUUUAUCGUAAUAUUGAUUUCGAUGUAUGGCAUGAAAUUAGACGAGAAAUAAAAAAUUCUGGCUGGCUAAGAUAUAACAGCAAUGGACUUCAGAUUGGAGAUAAAUGUCUAAUUGACAUGGGCUUUGAUAAAAAUGACUUGGAUAGAAUGGGCAUAAAAGACAGUGAAGAAUGUAAGACAUUACAAACAAAAUUAAAUCAAAAUCCUACAAUUUUUUGCGGACAUAUUCAAGAAAUAAAUAAAAAUGAAGGUUCCGUAGUAGUAUUUAUAGAAGAAUUUGGAGAAAAAAAGACUGUACCAUAUUCGUCUCUCAAACCAUUAUCUUUGCGAAAAAAUAAACAAAACAAUUGGCCAUCCACAUCCAAAAAAAAUUUGCAACUAAUUGAUUCCAAUCAGAAAUAUAAGAAGCUUUUUAACGCAAGUUCAAGCAAAACAAAAGUAACUAGUUUUGAAAAACAUCUUGGUGAAUGUUCUAAUACUGCCAGUAAUACUUCUACUUCUGGUACUGCCAAUAUGACUACUCCAACAUUAGCUACCAGCACUGCCGCGACUCUUAUGAAGAUUACAAAUAAUGAUAGUAAUGAUGACAAUAUAAACAGAGAAGAUUUAUCCGAACUUCAAUGGCAAAAACAAGAACGGAGCAAUCAAGGUCAGAUGGUUGGAGAAAAGCCGUUGAGAAAAUCACAAAAUUACACUGCAAACAAAAAAUCUCUUCAAUUUCGUGGACAAGGAAAUAUGGAUAAGAAAACAACAAAAACUGGUAAAGAAGAUAAUUCACAACCUAUAACCGGAAAUACAUCAUCAUAUUAUGUUGCUUCGAAUGAUAAUUCCUAUCCUAUUUCGUACAUACCUGGUUAUACAGGUGAAUUAAUACCUGCCAAUCAAAUAAAUCGAGCAUUGCGAAAUAUUGAUAAUUUGACUCAAAAAAGUAUGGAUUUAAAUGGCUGUGAUUUGCCAUUAUCAGAUCCAGCUACAUUAAAAUUCUUUUAUAAUUUAGGAUUAGAGUGUUUCCGUGUCAAUUAUGCAUGGAACUAUGGUCCUAAUGGACAGUUAGCAUCUCCGGAAUCUUGGUAUACAGCUGAUCCAUCCAUGGCAUCGUCAAAUACAAAUGCAACUCGAAAUAUAGGAGAAGUACAAAAUAUUAAUACGUGCGUAAUGGAAGAAGAAACACCGAUAGAACAAAAGGAAAAUAGUGACAAUAAUGGAAACAAUGCUAUUAUCCCACAAUUAGCACAGAACACAAUGAAUACGUGCCUAAAUAAUGUGACCGAUUUACAAAAGGACAAGUUAAAAAAAGUGGAAAAGAAUAUAGCACCGUCUACCCAUGAGAAUAUUAAAGAUGCAGAGAAUGUCAAUAAAGACAAACAACGAACUAAUAAUACAGCCCCACGAUUUAAAAAAAAUACACCUAAAGAUCAACAUUAUAGCGAACCAAAAUAUUCGCAAAAUAAGAAAUUGUCUAAACAUUGUGAACACAAUUGUUUAUUACGCGAAUUUCAGAAUGUUUCGAAUUCGCAAAUUGGUGAUAUGCAAGCACCGCUUGCUAAUACUGUUUUAAAUCCAGUACAUAUAUCACCUGGAAUGGCGAAUACUUACCAUUUAUCUUAUGUACAACAACAGUCACCAUAUGCAAAUGUGUCAUAUUGUGAACAUGAAGUAGAUACAUACGGAGGCUCGUAUUACUUGUCUCAAGGAGGUUUCCCUAAUAUUACUUGCGUACCAAAUUCUGAUGUUGUCGAUGCAAAUAAUACGCAUUCCUUUUUGCCAUAUUUCUAUCCAAGUGCAGAAAUAUAUCCUCCGGUUUAUUCAUCAUCUGCAUAUUCAACAUACAUGCAUGCUCAACAAACGGCAUAUGGUGGUUUACCUCCACAAAAUAUACACGACUCGUGGUAUUCGUUUCCAGAACAAUAUUACUAUCUUCAAUAUAGUCCUGUUCCAUUUCGCACAACAGAGCAUUCUAGUGAAAUGGGACAAGCUAAUAACUCAAAUUCAUCGACUUAAUCUAAUACAUUCAUCAUAAAACAAUAUUUACAUAUAAAAAUAUUAAAACUUAUAUGUCUAUGUAUCCAUUGCUUAUAUGAUAUAUAUGCAUUAUCUAUAUGCGUUAUGUAUAUGUUACAUAUACAUUACUUAUAAUAUGUCUAUAUAUAGAUGCGUUUUAUAUGUCUAUAUACAUAUAUAACCUAUAUAACAUUAUAAUAUCCAAUUAUCAUUAUAAAUUCUGUUAUUAAUAUGUCGACAUGUAAUGCAAUAAUGCGAAUUUUUAUUCGCGACUGACGAAUUUUUUUUCGCGAGACGAACCGUAUAGUUUCUAUCAGAAGAACAAAUGUAAGGAGAGAUACAAUUAUUUUUCUUCCAUUUAUUUAGUUGAACUUAAGAUAGAUAUAAAUAACAUAUCAUUUAUAGUUUUA